AAACCUGUAACAAUUAACACCUACAAAACUAUGAAAGGAUCGUGUCAAUCAAAAUUAAACUAAUCUCUGUUAUUAAAACCUGUCAACAUCUCAAAACUAUCAUCGUCCUAUAAUAAUCACAGUCCCUCUGAACGAUUCUCCAAAAGAAUAAGCCAAACCCCAUCAUAAUUCAUAAAGGUUUCAUCUUUGCUUGAUCUUACCGUGGUUUCUGUACUCCGGCGAUGGCUAACGACGGAAACGAGAUUGACCCAUUACUCCAGUACCUUCUCAGCCCAAGAACCAACCCACCACAACCACAUCCGCCUCCUCUGUUUCCCUUACCCGAAAACGACGACGUAACGGUCCCGAUGCCAAUGACACCAACGGAGUUCAAAAACCGUUUAAUCUUCGGCCCUUUCCCUCGCUCCCAACGAGACUCAUCGCUCCUCAUCGACGCCAUUUCUCAAAACAUCCCAUCAUCACCCUCCUCCACCUCCUUCUCUGACACCUCCUCCACCGUCGACAUCCCACCAGAACACAACUUACCACCACCGCGAAAACCCAAACCGACCUUCCACCGCUCCAAAACAGCUCCCGCCAUGGUCGCCAUCAACGACUUGACCCACCCGUUUGACCUCAAAACAGAGAGACCAAACUCAAAGUCCGUCGUACGACAAGCCGCUGCUCUGCUUUUCGUGUAUCUAUCCUUGGGAGUCCUUAUCUAUUGUCUGAACCGAGACGGCUACUCGGUCGUCCACACUCACCCCGUCGUCGACGGUUUAUACUUCUGCAUCGUGACGAUGUGCACGAUCGGCUACGGAGACAUCACACCCGAUAGCGUACUCACCAAGGUGUUCUCGAUCCUGUUCGUCCUCGUCGGGUUCGGUUUCAUGGAUAUACUUCUUAGCGCGAUGGUUAGUCACGUUCUUGAUCUUCAAGAAGACUAUAUGUUAAAAGCCGCCAAGGACGCUAGCUUCGAUGAGGGGGCGGAGAAGAAUAAGAAGAAAACGACGUCGUAUAUAAUCGACGUGAGUAAAGGGAGGAUGAGGAUUAGGUUGAAGGUUGGGCUGGCGUUGGGUGUUGUGAUGCUGUGUCUUGGAUUCGGGGUUUUGAUUAUGCAUUACGUGGAGAGGAUCGAUUGGUUGGAUUCGUUUUAUUUAUCGGUUAUGUCGGUUACUACGGUCGGGUAUGGGGACAGGGCGUUUAAGACUUUGACCGGGAGGCUUCUCGCUGCGGUUUGGUUGCUUGUGUCUACUCUGGCUGUGGCGAGAGCGUUUUUGUAUUUGGCUGAGGCGAGGGUUGAUAAGAGGAAUAGGGAGAGGGCGAAGAGGGUGCUUGGUGAGAACAUGUCUGUCUCUCAGUUCUUUGCUGCUGAUAUCGACCAUAAUGGCUGCGUUAGUAAAGCGGAGUUUGUGAUAUACAAACUAAAGAAGAUGGAGAAGAUAACCGAUAAGGAUAUUGAUCCGAUCGGUAACCAGUUUCACAGGCUUGACAAAACCAAUAGUGGAAGGAUUACUCUUUUAGACUUGUUGGAAACAAGCACCAACGAGUUACCCACUGCAACUUCUGUUUAGCAUGCAACUUAACAAAAAGAUGUGCAGUUGAACCGGUUUAGUUAAACCGGUUUGAAAUCUAGUUUGUCUUCUUCUCACCUAAGAUGAUGAAGAGAAAGAAGUUUGAUGUUUGGUUUCCUUUGACCAGUUUGAUGCCUGUCAUACCAAAUGGGUAUAUGCCAAUGGUUUGCUUCGGUUUGAUGGAUAGGUUAAUUAAGGAGUUGAACGGUUUAUUUUAUGCAUAUAUUGUUGAUUGAAGUUAUUUGUUACCGUUUGAAGUAAAGUAACUAGUGUUCCCAAAUAUGAGACUGUAAAUGUUAAUGUAUAAUUUGGUAUCUGGGCUAUUUUCAAUCAGUUUCUUUGCGGUCAA